CUUCGCAAUAUUAAAUGUAAUCUCUCAUUUAUCUACAGCUAAACUCAAUUUUCUGUUCGUCGCAUUUACAAACCACCACCUAAUUUUUCGAUCAUGCAGAUUUUGAGAUCCGUAGUUGCGCAGUGUUACCGUAGAGGGAGAUCGCUUGGGGAUCGCCAAUCUCGCAAUUUCUCUUCAUCAACUUGUACCAAUGAGUGGAAGCGAGAAAGUCCGAAAGCUGGAGACUGGUUAUAUGGUGGUUUUUGUGUUUUGCUGUCCUGCAAAUUUCUGCAACUAGGGGGAAUGAUGCUAGAGAUGGAUGUGUAUGAAGAGAUUGCAGCCAAGGAGGGAAAAAAAGUGGCGUUUAGUACGUAUCUAUAUUAG